AUGACCCUUGCUCUAGGUAUCAACUGUGACUGCCCUAAAAGCUUUGUUCCAGGUGUCAAACAAUUCACAGAGCAAUUCAGAGUUAAUCCUGGAGCAGAUAUUAAUCUCUGCAGGCUAAUAUUUGUAGAAGGUCCCUACUUCUUGGCAGGAUGCUGUGAUGGUAUUGUAUGUUUCUUUAACCGCUGCUAUCGUAUCGGCAAACUUAGCAUCCAUCUAUGGAACCCUGUUUUAAAUCAAUGCAAGACUCUUCCCUGGAUCGAUUGCAUCAGAUACUGUAUAAAGCAUGAUGUCUACUUUACCCGUAAUCCGGUUAGCCAUGAUUACCAAGUGGUGAAAAUUUCACAUCCAGAAGGCUGCUUCAGGGUUCAAAUACACAGUCUAGGUAACAAUUCCUGGAAACAGAUUAGUCCAGAUAUUCUUCCUCCUCCUCACCAAACUCUUGCAGCGUCCCCAUUGGCGUAUAGAUGGAAUUUAGUAGUUCAUAAUCGAUUUGCUCAUUGGUGCGCUCGAAAUCAAAUGGAUUCAAAACUUUGCUUGAAUGUGUUGGACAUAAAUCAGGAACAGAUUCGACAAUUAUCGCUACCGGAUUGCCUACCCAAUUUCAAGUAUCCUACUCUGGAAGAAUUUCAAGGAUGUCUUGCAUUUUCCGGUCUUGGACAUGGAGGUUCUGAGCUCUGGGUGAUGAAGGAACAUGGUGAACAUAUGUCUUGCAUAAAGCAUAUUAAGGUUUCAGAGAUCCAUCCCCUGCGCCAAGGAACAACAGGGCUAAUAGCAUCAGGGCAGCUUUUGGCAGCAUCAAAAGAGAAGGCAAAUGGUCUAGUCUUGUAUGACUCAGACAAACAGUGUGUUGAGGAACCUAUGGAAAAAGAGUUGAAAUGCAAACGUUUUCUUGGUUCUCAUUAUGAGGUUGAUUAUGUCCCAAGCUUGGUUUCUGUUUUCUUGGUGAAGAUAGGGACUUCCAAGAUUUUCAGAACUCUAGCUGCAUUGAAAUCUUCAAGAGACGCCUGGAAGAGGAAAAAAAGGAGAAUAUGA